AUGAAACCAAGAUUGCUGAGACAUGAAGGUGGUGUUAGUAGUGCUCAUGCUGAAGCUCAAGAGAAAUUUGAUUUGUUCUGUACACCAAAAGCAUCAAUCCAAUCGUCUCUUGCUUCAAACAACUCAAGGUACAAGGCUUUGUAUUUGCAGCGUUUGACAUGGACACUCAAGUGUCUGAGGUAUCUAUUGCACCAAGGCUUGGCAUUUAGAGGACAUGAUGAAAGUGAAGAUUCACUAAAUAAAGGAAAUUUCCUUGAGCUCUUAAAUUGGCUUGCAGGAAAUUUUGAAGAGGUUAACAAGGUGGUUCUCAACAAUGCUCCACGGAAUUGCAGGAUGACUCACCAUGAUAUACAACAUGAGUUGAUCAAAUGUUGUGCACGGGAGACUACUAAACUACUCAUUGAAGAACUUGAUGGUGGUCAUUUUGCAAUACUUGCAGAUGAGUCUAGUGAUGUGUAUCAGAAUGAGCAGUUGGCUGUUUGCUUGCGCUAUGUUGAUAAGAAAGGAAGGGCAGUUGUAAGAUUACUUGGUCUUGCUCAUGUUGAAGACACUACAUCUUUAACCCUUAAAGCUGCAAUUCAACACAUGCUUAUGGAGUACAACUUGACAUUUGCCAUGGCCCGUGGGCAAGGAUAUGAUGGAGCUAGCAACAUGAAAGGUAAUGCCAAUGGUUUGAAAAAACUAAUUAUGGAUGAGUCUCCUUCAGCCUAUUAUGUGCACUGCUUUUCCCAUCAACUGCAGCUAACUCUUGUAGCUGUUGCUAAGGAGAGUGGAGAUUGUACUUGGUUCUUUCAGCAGCUUGCACACUUGUUAACUGCACUUGGCAUGUCUUGCAAAAAGAUGAGGAUGCUUCGGAUUGCUCAAGCCGAGGAACUGAUUGAUGCAUUGGAUUUGGAAGAAGUACAAACAGGGACUGGGCAAAAUCAGGAAAUGGGUUUGGGAAGGCCAUGUGAUACACGGUGGGGCUCUCACUUCAGGACAGUGAACCGUGUCCUAUCUCUAUAUGCUGCAAUAAAGCGAGUCCUAAAGAAGAUUGGAAAAGAGUACCAUGGUGCGGAGGCUCAAGCGGCUCUAUCAGUUGAGACAUCAAUUUUGUCAUUUGAGUUUGUUUUCAUGGCACACUUGUUGCAAGAAAUAUUUGGAUACACAGAUGACUUGAGCAGAGCUUUGCAAACAAAAGACCAAGAUAUUGUUCAUGCUAUUGAGCUACUUGAUAAUACAAAGUAUCACUUGGAGGGCUUGAGGUCUGAUCCUGGAUGGGACGAUUUCCUUAUUAAGGUAACAUCUUUCUGUACAAAGCACAAGAUCAAAGUUGUUGAUAUGAAGGCGCGUUACUAUCCUGUUGGGCGACCUAGAAGAGGUGAUCUCUUCAAUGGUGCAGAUAAUUACCAUCGCUUCCAUGUUGAUAUGUUUGUGAGUGUCAUUGAUAGGCAACUUUCAGAACUAAAUGGCAGAUUUGAUGAGGUAAACACAGAAUUACUUACUUGCAUGGCAGCAUUCUCUCCAGUUCGCUCAUUUGCUGCUUAUGAUCAAAAAAAGUUGUUCAAGCUUGCUUCACAGUUUUAUGCUACUGAUUUUGCAACUGAUGAAUUGGCAAGACUUCCAUGGCAACUAGACAUGUAUAUUACUCAUGUGCGCAGAGAUGAAAGGUUUAAAAACUUGAAGAAUAUAGUUGAGCUUUCAGUUAUGCUUGUGGAGACAAAUAUUCAUGCACAAUAUUUUAUUGUUUACAAGCUUCUGAAGUUGGUCCUGAUUUUGCCAGUAGCUACUGCCAGUGUUGAAAGGGUAUUCUCCUCCAUGAAUUAUGUGAAGAAUAAGCUAAGAAACAAAAUGAGUGAUGAUUACUUAAACAAUUGCAUGGUUACAUUUGUUGAGAGAGAAUUAUUCAAUCAAGUGAAGGAUGAGGAUGUCAUCAAUCUCUUCCAAAAAGGCGCCCGCAAAGUUAUAUUGUAA